AUGGGCUACGACAUUGGCUGGAUCAUACCGCGGUUAAGAAACCCCGGGAGACUGUGGUAUUGUGCUAGUUCAAUAACUGUCGCUGUUGUGGGACUGUUCAGCAAGUUGAUCGUAGACUUCCUGAACAAAACAACUGUUUACAACCGAGAGGCCUUAUCUCGGGCAGUCCGCAGACCUCCAGACGUUCCUCUGCUCACUGUAUCUAACCACCAUUCCUGUUUCGAUGAUCCUGGAUUGUGGGGCGCUCUAGAUACAGGCACGCUGCUGAGCGGUGGUCGGAUGCGAUGGUCCCUCGCGGCUCACGACAUCUGCUUCACGAACGCAAUGCAUGCAGCCUUCUUCGCUCUGGGCAAAUGUGUCCCAGUGGUGCGCGGAGCGGGCGUCCACCAGCCAGCAAUGGAUUUCUGCGUAGAACGCCUGUGCUGUGGGGAAUGGGUCCACAUCUUCCCCGAGGGUCGCGUCAACGUAGACAAAGAGCAUAUAAGGUUCAAAUGGGGCGUCGGGAGGCUAGUGUGGGAGAGCGCCGCUAGGGGCAGAGCGCCAGUAGUACUGCCGGUCUGGCACGAGGGCAUGGAUCGUGUACUGCCCAAUACAGAACCGUACCGGCUUCGAACCAGGAACCGCCUGUAUCUGUGUGUCGGCGAGCCUAUACACCUCCAUCCGCUACUGGAUAGGUUAAAAAGUAUGAAUGCGACUGAAGAGGAGAAGCGUCGUCUUAUAACGGAGCGUAUACAAGAGGAGUUGAUGCGCCUGCGCGACAAAGCGCACACGUUGAUCAAACGAGCGGUGGGUCUGCAUGCAGACGGGCUCUUGGAUAACCGAACAGACAUACACACACCCCUCCCAGUAGCCAAUGGGAAGGAGCGAAAUAACCACGAACCAGAGCGAACCCCGAGCCAGGAGCGUGAAAAGGAAAAGGAGCUAUAA